AUGCUGAGCAAGCAUCUCUCUGUUUCCAUCAUCGAAUACAUUCCCUUAGCGUCAUCGUCGACGGCUCUGUCUCGAACUACCACGACUCCGAUGACACAGAGUCAACUGCUUUCGCUCCCAAGCGAGCUUCUCGAUAAGAUUUACAAGUCAUGCCUCACCUCAGAUAAACCCAUCUACGUGACCCGUCCAGGCGAUCGUAUAUGGGAAGAGGAUCGUUACAAGCCACUCUGCCUCGCCCUUCUGCAAACCUGUAAACAGAUCAACGACGAAGCUACGCAAUACCUGUACGACAACGAAGUCUUCCUCAAGGACAUCAACGCAGCCAAAGUCCGCUUCGAAGCGAGACCUACAAAAUGGGCUUCUUUCCGCCGCUUCAUCGUCAAUGACAUACCGGAUUCCUCCCGGAAGUGCCGCAUCGGUCCUCAAUUGGCCCCUAUACUUGCCCGCACAACAGACUUGAAAAAGCUGACUAUUAAUUGCAAAAACCGCCACGACGUCAGCUUACUUGGAAACCUGUUCUGCACCGGGAAUCCGGAUAUGUGGGACAGCAUGGAUGGCGAGCGGGGGGAUGAGGCAUCUGGCCAACUCAAGGAUGUCGAGUACGGUUCUCGCACUGAUGGUGCGCUGGACGGUCUCGAAAUCGUUACUCGUGCUGUAGGUCUCGACAACGCCGCCCGUGCUCUAGGUUUCAAUGAUGAUACCCUCGUUACGGUGCAUUCUGCAGUGUAUAGAGUAUAUUUGGGGAAAUGUUUGCAGCAAUAUAGAGCGGAAAAGGCGCAAGAACACAAAGACAGCGAGUAA